CUUGAAGUCUUGAUGUCACAGUCUCGCGAGAUGAGAUGUGUGAUCCUGAUGUGUUCCGUCUGGGUGAGGUGGGCGACAGGAACCGACCAGCUAAAUAUAUAAACGGUGUUGCGAGACACUUAAACAGCGAUCCGGGACUGCAAGUUGUGUUAUGAAAAUUGAAGUGUUGUGUGAUACUAAGGCAGGAGAUAACUGCAAUUGGAUUUAUUCUGCUUACCCAUUUUAAAAUAAUGGGAGGACAUCUUUUCAUUUGGCCUUUUUUAUUUUUUGAUGCGCUGAAUGCUGUUGGAGUAAUUUUGCCCCUCGGUAAAAUAUAAGGCGGGAAGAUUACUUUUUGGAGUUUUUUUUUUUCUCAAGAAUCAUUGUAAAGCUUUAAAAAUCUGCAGAAAGAGAAUUAAUUUUGAGGAUACUUGUGGUUUACGAUCGUCCACCAUAUACAAAGGAAAAAAAAAAAAAAAGAGUAGGAGUGGUUGAACUUGUAUGUUACCAUUGGCAGUUGCUGUAACAUCGUGAAUGAUGGCAUUUACAAACUACAGCAGUCUAAACCGGGCACAGUUGACUUUUGAAUAUCUACAUACUAACUCCACUACACAUGAGUUUUUGUUUGGUGCGUUGGCUGAGCUAGUAGAUAAUGCAAGGGAUGCUGAUGCCACAAGAAUUGAUAUUUUUAUCGUAAAAAGAGAAGAACUUAGAGGUGGCUUCAUGCUUUGCUUUCUUGAUGAUGGAGCAGGAAUGGAUCCUAGUGAAGCAGCAAGUGUUAUUCAGUUUGGUCGAUCUGCUAAAAGGACUCCUGAAUCUAUCCAAAUUGGGCAAUAUGGAAAUGGUUUAAAGUCGGGUUCUAUGAGAAUUGGAAAAGAUUUCAUCCUUUUCACCAAGAAGGGAGAUUCAAUGACCUGCCUUUUUCUGUCUCGUACUUUUCACGAGGAGGAAGGCAUUGAUGAGGUUAUUGUUCCUCUUCCAACUUGGAAUUCGAAAACUGGUGAACCUAUAACAGACAAUAUGGAAAAAUUUGCAAUUGAAACCGAACUCAUCUAUAAGUAUUCUCCAUUUCAUUCCCAAAAGGAUCUCAUGGACCAGUUUAGAAAAAUCACAGAAGACACAGGAACCCUGGUUGUAGUUUUCAACUUGAAACUAAUGGACUCUGGUGAACCGGAGCUGGAUGUGGUCACUGACCCUAAAGAUAUUCAGAUGGCAGGGACUUCGCCAGAAAGAGCAAAACCUGAGCGGCGAUCGUUUCGAGCAUAUGCUGCUGUUCUGUAUAUUGAUCCAAGAAUGAGAAUUUACCUUCAUGGACACAAGGUGCAAACAAAACGACUGUCUUGUUGCCUUUACAAACCCAGAAUGUAUAAAUACACAUCAAACCGGUUCAAAACACGAGCUGAGCAGGAGGUGAAGAAAGCAGAACACAUGGCUAAAAUUGCGGAGGAGAAGGCGCGGGAAGCAGAAAGCAAAGCACGAGCCAUGGAGUUGCACCUUGGGAAUGACCUAGCUCGGGAAAGCAGGGCUGCACUCCGACAAGUACAAAAUGCAGCAAUAACUUUUCGUAGAGAAGCAGAUGUAAAGAAACGCAUUAAGGAAGCCAAACAAAGAGCCCUCAAAGAACCAAAAGAGUUAAAUUUUAUCUUUGGUGUGAAUAUUGAGCAAAGAGAACUUGAUGGAAUGUUUGUAUAUAACUGCAGUCGCUUGAUCAAAAUGUAUGAAAAGGUUGGACCUCAACUGGAAGGAGGAAUGGCCUGUGGAGGAGUAGUAGGUGUAGUGGACGUUCCAUACCUUGUCCUUGAACCCACACAUAACAAGCAAGACUUUGCUGAUGCUAAAGAAUACAGACACUUACUGAAGGCUAUGGGAGAGCAUUUGGCACAGUACUGGAAGGAUGUAGGUAUAGCACAGAAAGGUAUUAUAAAAUUCUGGGAUGAAUUUGGCUAUAUAUCGGCAAACUGGAACCAACCUCCUUCUUGUGAACUAAGGUAUAAACGCAGACGUGCAAUGGAGAUACCCACAACAAUACAGUGUGAUCUGUGUUUGAAGUGGAGAACACUUCCAUUCCAACUGAGUUCUGUAGAGAAGGAGUAUCCUGACACAUGGGUGUGUGCCAUGAACCCAGAUCCCGAACAAGACAGGUGUGAGACUACAGAACAGAAGCAGAAGUUGCCUGUUGGGAUGCUGAAAAAAGAUAUCCUGUCACAAGAAGAGAAAAAAAAACAGCUGACAGAAAAAAUCAGACAGCAGCAAGAAAAGUUGGAAGCCCUGCAGAAAGUGACUCCUGUGCGUUCCAUUGCAGACCUUAAAAAGCUUCCAUUAGAUGUUAGUACCCGUCCAGAAGAGGCCUCAGUGUCCACAAGCCGCCCUCGGCCACGGUCGCCACCCUUGCCUGCUGUGCUGAAAGAUAUUGUUCCACCAGUUUCACGCAGUAGCAGUGCGGCCAAGAAGCCUGAAGCUGCACAAGCCAGUUCAGUAAACUCUGAAGCGGCUACCACAUCCAAAGCCAGUAGCCAAAUUGUCACUCCUGUCAGAACAAAUAACACUCAAAAGAUUCUUCGUAGAACAGUUUCAGCUCUGAGAGCCUCAACGCCUCCUCCGCUACCUUCUACACCCCAACAAACUCGACCUUUGAGACCCACUGCAGCUCCUUCACCCGGUUUGAAAAAUUUGAAACAUUUUUCUGGGAAGAAACCAAUUCCCAGCAAGAUUCCUCCCGUGAGUAAUGUCAGAAAACGAAGCUCCCAGCCUCUCAUUUCUGAGGACAUUAAAAUAGUAGCAUGUAAGCCUGAGAAAGCAAAGCGUUCUAGACUGGUGGAAGUGAAACAGGAAAAGAGAGAUUCAAAUGAAGUAGAAGUGGAGAACACUUCCUGCACACACUCUGACCCAGAUGUAUCUUUGCAGUUGACAGCGAGUCCAGGGGAGGAGGAAAUUCUGGCAGCAUCCCAAAAAGAUAAAGGCUUGAACGUUGAAGUGCGAGUAAACAAGGAAUGGUUUACAGGACGUGUAACUGCUGUAGAAGUAGGGAAACAGGGAGUUCGCUGGAAAGUAAAGUUUGAUUAUGUACCAACAGACACCACUCCACGGGAUCGAUGGGUCGUAAAAGGCUGUGAAGAUGUAAGACUAAUGCGGCCACCCUCACCAGAACACCAAGCACCGGACACACGGCAGGCAGAUCCUUCUACUUCAGACAACACCAGAAUAGAGCCAGAUACUACAGAGCUUAGUGCAAGCCCUGCACCAUUAGAACAGCUUGUACAAACCCUCAGAAACUGCCUGCGAUAUUUCUGGCCACCAAACUUUCCAAUCUCCAAGAACGAACUGAGUACCAUGAGUGCUGAAGACCUCAUAGGAUUUCCACUGAAAGAUUAUUUCAAACAGUAUGAGGUCGGGCUGCAGAACCUGUGCAAUUCCUACCAAAGUCGAGCAGAUAGUCGGGCAAAGGCUUCAGAAGAGAACCUACGAAAUACAGAAAAAAAGCUGAGGGAAGCAGAAGAGAAGCUGCAGAAACUGAGAACAAAUAUUGUAUCUUUAUUGCAGAAAGUACAGGAGGAUAUUGAUAUAAAUACAGACGAUGAGCUAGAUGCAUAUAUAGAGGAUUUAAUCUCAAGAGGAGACUGAACGGAUACCAUUAGAAACAUGGUCUGGCUAUAAAUGGACAUUGAGAGAAGCUGCUGCUUCCACAAAACAAAACACUGAUGGGAUCAGCUGAAAUCACAUGGAAGAUACAGUAGGAUGUCAGUGUUUUGAUGUAGAUGUUUGUGUUUUUUUUUUGUUUUUUUUUUAUAUACCUGGCAUGUGCUGUUCCAAGUUUUAGAUAUUGUAGUUAUUGAACUCAUUUCUUUGUUUAUAAAUAUUUAUUUUUUAAAGGAAA